AUGUCUUCGUAUCCUCCCCCAGGAAACAAUUAUCCUCCCCAUCCUCAUUCGCAUGCCAAUGCUCACCCGCACCCAAACAUCCAAGUCCCGAGUCCCGGAGGACAUCACGCAGAUCCAUUGUCGGCGCAUUCGCAGCAGCACGGUAUCCCUCUAGGCCAUUCGCCCUACCCGUACGAUCACCAAGCUGCGCAGCAACUUCAGUCGCCAGCGUCAUACAAUGGUCACUCGAAUGGGCAUGGAGGACAUGGACACGCAGAUGAUGGACAACUUCAACCAAGGUCGGUCCCCGCACCGGCGCCUGCCAGUGGAGGUGAAGGACAAAAGGGCAAUCGUCUGCGAAAGGCUUGUGAUUCUUGUAGUAUUCGAAAAGUCAAGUGCGACGAGUCUGGACCGCCAUGUCGAGCUUGCUCUGCAUUAGAUAUCCCUUGUACCUUCGAGCGGCCCAGCAGAAGACGUGGACCUCCCAAUCGACAUGCUGAGGCUAUAAAGAAGAGAAAAUUGGAUUCGCCUGGAGGUCCUGGUUCGUUCUCAUCACCAACAUCACCGAACAAUGUCGCAGAAACCCUUGCUUCAUUCUCCUCCCACGCUGUCCUCAAUGCCGAGUCAAUUUGUCCAUUCUCUACACUCGAGCUUCUGGUAGACGAUUUCUUCACAUACAUCCAUCCGUUGUGUCCUUUUCCCCACGAGCCAUCAUUCCGACUUGCCUUCAAAGCUCGAGAAGAUGUUAGCAACCCCUCCUUCCUCGCCCUGCUCGCAUCCAUGAUUGGACUUUUGGUUGCCUCAUUUCCCCGGAAGCCAAUGUUACAUCUGAAGAAUCAUCGCCGCGAACAUCUCUUCCCAAAUUCUAUGAGUCUGGUUGAUCGAUGUCACAAGGUUGCAAUUGCGGCACGAGGACCAGGUUAUCUGGAGAAGGAGCUUUCUGUUUAUACUGCUGCUACAAGUUACUUUAUUGGUCUGGCAGGAGCAUAUACGUUUCAAUGGAAGCUGACAAGAUUGUACUUUGGAGAGACUUUGAAUAUCGCGAGAGUACUUGGCACCCAUAAACUGGAGGAUCCAGGCAUCUUGCCCGUGGGAGCACUGCCUGCUUUCUUUGGUGGAGAACAGAGCACUGUCGAGACCCAAGUGCAGAAGGUAGACUUCAUCAGACAAGAGCUGGGUAGGCGAAUUUUCUGGGUUAUGUUUGUAGGAAUUGGUUCGAUCCAACAACUGGGUUCGAGUUUCGGCGAGCUUUUAAUCCCACCUCCUACCCGGAACGCUCCAUAUCCUCCCCUUCCAAUGGAAGUUGAUGACGAUUUCAUUUUUGAUAACCGAGUCGAUCCUCAACCAGAUGGCAUCGUCUCCAAGCUCACGGGUUUCAACCUCAAUGUCAAGGUGUACCUCAGCACCAGUAAACUCUCGACCAUGGAGCUGGCGUAUGGUAUUGAUGAGGUCUUUGAUUGGGCCAGACAAAAACGAGUCUUAGAGGAGUGCCUGCGCCAGUGCAAACAUUCUCUAGACCACGCUCCUCAUGAACUCCUUCUCCAGCCAGGUUCAGCACCAGGAGAAUUUGCGAGUACGGCCGCACAAUACUUCCCACCGGCUACCGAGUACCCAGGUCUAAGGGUUAGGAUGAAUGGAGAUCAGGCAAGCGAAUGGCAAUUUACUAACCCAGAUGCAAGACGACAAAUUCAAUAUGAGAUCCAAAAAGCCAAUAUCUACGCUAGUCUGCUUGGCACAAGAUCUUAUAUUGUGGAGAAAUAUUGUAACCUCCAAGAGAUCCAUGAGAGGAAGACUGCAAACAGUGGUGGAGAAGCACAACUGAGCAGCCCAGGCGUAAUCGCUCAUGGCCUAGAUGGCCUGCUGCCGAACACUUCCGUCACCAAUAAUAGCGAGGGUAGCGAGACCAAUGUCAUGCAGGAGAAGGACAGCAUUGUGAAAGACCUUCUGUCGGUGUUGAGCAGCAUCAGUCAAGUCAACAUGGAACCUAACGGUGCGAGCUUCAUUAACAAGAUCCGCCAGAUCGCAUCGACCCUGAUCGACCAACCCCAAAACCGUAAAGGGCAAGCUGCUAUCAAUAACGAAGAGUAUCUCAAAAGCUUCUUGGGUGUUCUGAUGAAGCUGGAGAGAGUCAGUCCGGGCUUGGUAGAUAAUGGUGUGAAUGGCGCUGUGGAUGAGGAAGAAGAGCUGAGAAACUGGGCUGACUUGAGGGAAUACCAAAUGAGAUUUGCUCAGGCUGGAGGAUUUUUGAGUGAGCUGUGA